UCGGCGAACAUCGAGUGUUCAACAUAACGUCGGUAGUAUCGUUAUCGUCUGGUAUAAUCAUGGGAAUCGGAUUGGUGCUACUCACAGUCCUGCUGGGGCUGGUUGUGUUCUUACUUUUCCGUAUGUAUCAGAAGAUGCGUUACUGGCAAAACUUGGGAAUUCCGUGUGAGAAGCCUCAUCUUCUUAUGGGGAACAUGGUUGGAGCACGUACCAAAAUACCUCUUGCCGAAGUGUAUCAACGGUACUACAACAAGUUCCGGGGAAUGGGACCUUUUGUCGGGUUCUACUCGUUCCAUCGUCCAGCUGCCUUCAUUAUGGAGCCAUUUUUGGUCAAACUGAUAUUAAUUAAGGAAUUCAACAAGUUUACAGAUCGAGGCAUUUACAACAAUCCAGAGGAUGAUCCAAUAUCGGGUCGACUAAAUUUAAUCGAUGGCCAUAGAUGGAGGGUAAUGAGAAAUAAGUUAUCAUCCACAUUUACCAGCGGCAAAAUCAAGUUUAUGUGUCCCACAGUUGUCAAAAUAAGUCAGGAAUUUAUCGAUGUUUUCGGUGACAUGAUGUCAAAGUCAUCGAUUGUUGAGGUCAAGGAGUUGCUGGCAAGAUUUACCACAGAUGUAAUUGGUACUUGUGCCUUUGGGAUUGAGUGCAACAGUCUCAAGGAUCCCGAGGCGGAAUUUCGCGUAAUGGGACGUCGAUCUCUAACAGAUACGAGACACGGAUUUCUUGGAAUGGCCUUCAUUAGCAGCUAUCCCAAUCUGGCCCGACGUUUGCAUAUGAAGAGGACGCCAGAUCAUAUCGAAGAGUUUUUCAUGCGCAUCGUUAAGGAAACUGUCACCUUUAGGGAAGAGAAUAAAAUACGUCGCAACGAUUUUAUGGAUCAGUUGAUUGACUUGAAAAACAAUCAGCUGUUAAAGUCAGAGACUGGGGAGAGCAUGAGUCUUACCAUAGAAGAAGUGACCGCCCAGGCCUAUGUGUUCUUCAAUGCUGGCUUCGAAACCUCCUCCACCACGAUGGGAUUCGCCCUGUACGAGCUGGCACAGCAUAAGGACAUCCAGCAACGUGUGAGGGAUGAGGUAAUUAAGGUGAUAGCUGCAAAUAAUGGAGAACUAACCUAUGAAGCUCUUAAAGAAAUGGUCUAUCUUAAUCAGGUCAUAUCAGAAACUCUGCGUCUCUACACUGUUCUGCCAAUGUUGAAUCGCCAAUGCCUAGAAGAUUACGUUGUGCCAGGCUAUCCGAAGUAUGUUAUCAAGAAAGGCAUGCCUAUAAUAAUUCCUGCUGCUGCUAUGCACCGUGAUGAGAAGCUAUAUCCUGAUCCAGAUCGCUUCAAUCCAGAUCAUUUUGAACCGGAACGUGUUAAGAACCGUGACUCUGUAGAGUGGCUUCCAUUCGGUGAUGGACCUCGAAACUGCAUCGGAUUGCGAUUUGGCGAAAUGCAGACACGCAUUGGUCUAGCCAUGCUUGUGAAGAACUUUAAGUUCUCCGUAUGUGAUCAGACACCCAUACCGAUGAAGUAUAGCAAGUCCAGCAUAUUGGUAAACAGUGCGUCGGGAAUCUUUUUGCAUGUGGAACGAGUUUAGUUAGUUCCAGACUUUUUAACUAUAUUUAAUAGCUUUGCCUUAUUAUGUUUUUAAUUCUUAACAAGUCGUUGCUAAAUGGUAUCAUUCCUACAUAUUCUGAUUAGAACUUACUUUUUUCUCUCUCUCUCUUUCUCUCAUUUAACUCAUUAAAAGGUUUAAAGAUUAAA